AUGGCGUUCGUGCAGAAAGGCAUCAAGAACAUUCUCCAGAAAAACCCAAACGAUGUUGUCAUUCUCUCUGCAUUGCGAACCCCAGUAACAAGGGCAAAGAAAGGAGGCUUGCGAGACGCAUACGACCAUGAGAUGCUCGGUGCUGUCCUCAAAGCAACGAUCCAAAAGUUCCCCAAUCUCGAAACCUCGAAAAUCGACGAUGUCUGCAUCGGAACUGUCCUCGCUGAGCUUGGUGGCUCGAAAGCUGGCCGCAUGGCCGCCAACCACGUCGGCAUUCCCACAAGCACAUCAUUCAGCACGGUCAACCGGGCUUGCGCAUCCGGACUUUCCGCCAUCACCUCGAUCGCAAACUCAAUUGCCGUCGGACAGAUCGAUGUCGGCAUUGCGGGCGGCAUGGAGAGCAUGACGCGCAACUACGGCACAAGAGCGAUUCCAGUGGAGCUGUGGCCUGAGAUGAAAGAUAGUCCUGUGAAGGAGGCGAGAGAGUGCAUCAUGAACAUGGGCAUCACGUCUGAGAACGUUGCUUCCCGCUACGGUGUCAGCAGAGCAGACCAGGACGCGUUUGCCGCAGAAUCACAGCACCGUGCAGCCAAAGCGCAAUCCUCGGGUCUCUUCGACCAGGAGAUUGUCCCCGUUACAACGCGCUGGAUUGAGCCCGAGACGCCCGAGAAUGUGAAGAGUGUCACGGUCACCAAAGACGACGGUAUUCGCGCAAACACCACAGUCGAGAAGCUUGCCUCGAUGAAACCUGCGUUCAAAUCCGACGGCACAAGCACAGCAGGAAACAGCAGCCAAGUCAGCGAUGGCGCGAGCGCAGCGCUCAUGAUGCGCCGUUCUGUUGCUGCAGAGCUGGGGCUGACCAGCCACAUCAUUGGCAAGUGGGCGGGUACCCAGGUCGUUGGGUGUCAACCGGACGAGAUGGGUGUUGGGCCUGCGCUUGCGAUUCCCAAGCUGCUGGAGUACACGGGCGUUUCCAAGGACGAGGUGGAUACCUGGGAGAUCAACGAGGCGUUUGCAAGUCAAGCGCUGCACUGCAUCAGGACCUUGGGCUUGGAGAACAACAUGGAUAAGAUCAACCCCAACGGUGGUGCUAUUGCGCUGGGCCACCCGCUGGGCGCGACGAGUGGACGCAUGCUGGCGACUAUGCUCAGCGAGAUGGGACGCAGUGGGCAGCAGGUUGGUGUUAUCAGCAAGUGCAUCGGUACGGGUAUGGGCAUGGCUAGUUUGUUCGUGCGCGAGCACUGA